CAUCGAUAGGGCGACUGUCGGAGCUAAGAAUCUAGAGUGAUGGGACCUGAGUGAAGGAACAGCCGCGAGUGAUCACUCUCCAAGCCGGUUAUGACAGGGAGUGGCACCCGGUGUGUGUGAGGUUAGUGUGGUGCUCUCUCUCUCUCUCUCUCUCUAGACAGAGCUGAGGUGGAAGGGUCAGGAUGGCUUCCGCCUGUGCUGAGAUCUGUGGGUCAGACUACGCUGAACAGACGCAGCAUGACCAGAGAUACGGCGUCAGAUCAUACCUCCACCAGUUCUACGAGGAGUGUACUGCCUCCAUCUGGGAACGCGACGAAGAUUUUCAGAUUCAGAGAUCGCCUAGUCGGUGGAGCUCUGUCCUCUGGAAGGUCUGUCUAGCGUUAGGAACCCUGAUUCUGGUGACAGGCCUCAUCGUCCUACUGGUGGGCUACGCCACCCCGACUAAGAUCGAAGCGUUCGGGGAAGACGAGCUCCUCUUCGUGGACGGCCAUGCCGUCCUCUUCAACCGAGCCUUGGACGUGUGCAAGCUGACGGGCGCCGUUCUGUUCUGCGUGGGCGGCGGCCUUAUGGCCGUAGGUCUCCUCCUCUCGGCCUUCUCUAAGAGCUACUCCAAGGAGGAGCUGUACCUGCAACAGAAGUUUAAGGAGAGGCUGGUUGAUAUCCAGAAUACGGUCCAUCCCGUCACCAGAGCCCCUACUCCGGGGGAGAGUAAGAUCCCUGUCACCCUGUCUAAAGUGCAAAGUGUCCAGCCCAACUCAGAGACAUAACAGUUGUUAAUGUAAUAGUGAGAGGUAGAUUAUCAGUGGUGUUCAUGUGUCCUUGUUCCUAACCCUUCUAAAGGUCAGCUUAUGUCAUCUUAGUACUACUCCUUACAAACCCUGUGUUUCCAGCACUUACACUCAGGGCUGCAGGAGGAAUCACACAGCUCCUGUCAUGUAACGUUGUGUAAUUAAGGCUGCAGGAGGAAUCACACAGCUCCUGUCAUGUAACGCUGUGUAAUUAAGGCUGCAGGAGGAUUCACACAGCUCCUGUCAUGUAAAUCUACUGGCUGGGUUACAAUCAUGUACCUAGACCAAGAAACUAACAGACUCACUGUAUAGAGCAGUGGGUCUCACCCUGGGGUACUUAUCCUAUCCACAGGGGUACUUAUCCUAUCCACAGGGGUACUUAUCCUAUCCACAGGGGUACUUAUCCUAUCCACAGGGGUACUUAUCCUAUCUACAUGGGGUACUUAUCCUAUCCACAGGGGUACUUAUCCUAUCUACAUGGGGUACUUAUCCUAUCCACAUGGGGUACUUAUCCUAUCCACAGGGGUACUUAUCCUAUCCACAUGGGGUACUUAUCCUAUCCA